UUUAAAAAUAUAAAUUUUGAAUGUCUUAAUAUCAAUAUUGUUAUUAUAAUUUUCAUAAUUAUAUCCAUGUAAUUAUUUCCAUGUUAAAAAAUCCAUUAAAAUUCAGUAUCUUGUAAAGUAAGAUUUAAAAAAUAAAAUAAAAUUGUUUUAUUGUUAUAAUGCAUUUAAUUAUUAUUACACAGAGUAUACUUAAAAAGUAUUCAAUUGUUUGAUAAAAGACUAAUGCAAUCUAAAUUUAUUUCAAAUUUAUUUCAUUUAUUUCAAUUUAUUUCAUUUAUCCUUAUAUUUUUUAGUUCUUACUAUAAACUUUACAGACAGAUUUAAUCAAUGUUUAUUUAAGUAAUAUAUCUAUAUAAUUCAAAACAAAAUUAGAAAUGACAACAAUUGAUAAUAUAUCUAUGAUUGAAGAUAGUGGUGAUCUUCCUUUCAAUAAAAGGAAUCCCUGUAUUCCUCAACAGUUAUUAGAAGCAAAUGAAUUGUUAAAGUCAAUCAAUACAAGACUGGAAGAUUGUGCUUUAGAAUGGCAAGCAGAGAUUUCUCGUAAACAGUGGAAAAUUUUUAAUUCUAAUAUCAUUGGUGUAACUUUAUCUGAACGAUCUCUAUUAGCAAGAACAUAUUUUACAGAGAAAAACCUUGAUGAAGCUUUUCAACAUUUACUUUCUUGUAAUAAAAUCUUUUCAGAAUAUUUAAAAAACUUUAUUGAUCUUUUACAAGAUGAAGUAUCUACUUCAAAUAUUAAAAAAACAUAUGAUCUACAAAAUGAAACCAGUAAUACAAACAAAAAUUGUAAAGUAGUAGAUAUUAAUAAUAUAAAACAAAUACAACUUCCUUCGUUAAAUAAUCAAAAAUUAAAUAGGGAAGGAAAAAUUCAAGAUUAUAUUGAUAACAUAUUAACAGUUCAAAAUUCAUUUACUGAUGUGAUAAAAGCUAAAGUUAAUUUUGAUACAAAAUUUUUAGGAUUUGAAGCUAUAUUACAUAAAGCUACAUCUACAUCAACUGAUACAAUUUGUCUUUGUCAAUAUUGUUCUAAUAUUAUGCAAACUACACAUGGUACAAAUAGAAAAUUGAGAAGUGUAACUCUUAAUCAAAGAAAUCGAACAGUUUCAAAAACUAAACGCUUAACUAGAUCUAUAAAAACAUUAUCCAAAAAGAAAAAAAGAGAGAAAUCAUCUAUAAUAAUUGAUAAAAUUAGUGAUCAACCACUUGAAACACACACAAGUUCUUAAUUCAAUUUUGUUAUAUUAUAUUUAUUUCUUGUUCAUUAUUAAAUUUUUGUUAACUUAUGUGGGUAUUCAGAAUUUAAACUAAAUAAUAUAUACAUACAAAGAAAUAACUAAUAUAAUUUAAUGGAGAAGUUUCU